AUGGUGGAGAACUCUUGGAACAGCCAGAUUGACGUCAACUGCCCCAUUUAUAAAGUCAUGGCUAAGCUCAAGUGGCUGCGUAAAGAGCUACGCAUUUGGAACAGAACGGUUUUCGGCAAUGUGGAUCAGUUUAUUUCUGAUUCACAGCAGGAUCUUCUUGAGAUUCAGAAUUUAGUCUCUCAACAGGGGUACACCGAUAGCCUUUUUAAUGCGGAGAUUUUCGCUCAAGCUAAAAUUAAUGUGGUUCUGAGUCGUAAAAACAGUUUACUUAAGCAAAAGAGUAGGGUUUCGUGGCUGAAUGAUGGGGACAGGAACACUGCUUUUUUCCAUGCCAUGUUGAAGUAUAAGAAGCGUCAUCAUAUCAUUCCUCAUUUGGACAUUCAAGGCAGUAUGGUCUACGAUCAGGAUGAGAUUGGCAAUCAUAUUGUGGAAUUCUUCUCUACUUUAUUCACUGAAGAUAAUAUGGAGGAGAUUGAUAUUGUGGCUCUGGAAGCAACGAUUGAUCAUGUGGUUUCUCCUUCCCAGAAUGACAUGCUUACGAGAAUCCCGGAGAAUGAUGAGAUUACUGCUGCGGUGUUUGAUAUGGAUCCUCAUAGCGCUGCGGGCCUAGAUGGCUUCUCUGAUGUGGUGAACUCGUUGACGGAUCUAAGGCUGAUCGUGCUUUCCAAUUUUUUGUUCAAGAUCAUUUCUAAAGUUCUUGCCAAGAGACUUAGCAUCGUUGCGAUGAGCUGUGUGUCUGCUAAUCAGUUUGGGUUCAUUAGCGGUAGAUCGAUACAUGAAUGCAUAAAUAGAAGUAAUGGAGGUAUCAAUAUGGCAUGCAAAAUUGAUAUCAAGAAGGCGUUUGAUACGCUGCGUUGGGACUUCUUGCUCAAAGUCUUACGGGUUGCUGGUUAUGCAGAUCAGUUUGUGCAAUGGAUUUCUAUCAUUCUGCGUUCUGCUCGCUUAUCGAUCCUUUAUAAUGGUCAGCUGCAUGGGUAUUUUGAGUGCACUCGCGGCGUCCGCCAGGGCGAUCCUCUGUCUCCCAUUUUAUUUGGUAUUGCAGAAGAUGUUUUGAGUGCUCUCUUUAAGAAUUGCGUGGAGUCUGGGCAUCUUCAACCUAUGAGAAUGAGUAGACAUACUUUGUUCCCGACUCAUUUAUUUUAUGCUGAUGACAUUCUGGUUUUUGGUAGAGCCACGGAGGCGAAUGCGAGGACCAUUCUUCAUAUCUUAAACUUUUAUGGCUCGUUAUCUGGCCAAAUUUGCUCGAUGGAGAAGUCUAAUAUCUUCUUUGGGGAUAAGGUCCAGAGCCGUUUACGCCGCUCCAUCAUGGGUGUUUUAAAGUUUAAACGAGGGACUCUUCCCUUUAUUUAUCUUGGAGUUUCGAUCUUUGCGGGCGCUAUUAAGGCUAUUUACUUGAGAGCUAUUCAUGAUCGCAUUCUGCUUAAGUUCGCUCGUUGGAAAGGCAUGCAUCUCUCUAUGGCUAGACGUAUUUGUCUGGUCAAAUCGGUUAUUCAUAGCUCUAUUACUCACUCGAUGAUGGUCUAUCAUUGGCCUAAGACCUUGCUUAAAGAGCUGGAUCACAAAUGCCGAAAUUUCAUCUGGACCGGUGAUAUUAUGAAAAAGCCCAAUUGCUCGGUUAGCUGGGAUCGAAUUUGUGCUAUUAAGGAAGAGGGUUGUUUGGGUCUUCGAUCGUUCUCUCUAAUGAAUAAGUGUUUUCUCAUGAAGAUGGCAUGGAGUGUCAUUUGUGGACAAAAUUUUGGUCACCGUAUUAUCAAGUCUCGUUACUUAAAUAUUUUCUGUUCAACCAAUAAUGUGCUUUCCUCCUCGAUCUGGGCGGGUUUGCGGCCGGAGAUUCAGGAUCUGGUUGAAGACUCUUAUAGCUACAUCGCUGGUGGGUCCUCGAUAAACUUCUGGAGAGACGAUUGGCUUGGCUAUAAACUUGUGGAUAGAUGUCGCGUGCCUUUCUUUGUUUGGGAUCAUUUGAGCUCUUCUGUGGCUGAUUAUUUCUAUGACGGCAUUUGGCAUUUCACUCAGGAUUUUCUUAAUAAUUAUCAGGAGAUUGUCUGCGACAUCUUGCUUCUUCCAAUUGGUUCGGAUUCAGACACUCGUUUCUGGAUGCCUUCGGUGCAUGGAAAGAGGAGACUGCCGAGCAUAUUUUCUGGCAAUGCAGCAAUAUUCAGCCUAUAUGGCGGGAGUUCCUUCAGUGGUUUAAGUUCGAUGAUUUCUCUUACGAUAUACACAGUUUUCUUGUGGCUGCGUGGAACCGCGACACCAGCUCGCAGGUGCGAACUUUUUGGAAAACUGGUAUUAUCACUGUUAUCUGGGCGAUCUGGACUCUCCGUAAUGCUUGCAUCUUCAAAGACAAAAUUUUCUACGCCAAACAUCUUCUUCAAAUUGUGCGGGUCGCUUUCUAAGAGGUUGAGGCCACCGGUCUCGCACUGGAUUAAAGUUAAUACGGAUGGCUCUGCUUCGGGAGCCCCGAGAAAGAUUGCUACUGGAGGUGUCUUUCGUGAUAAUGUUGGUUGGGUUCGUGGCUGUUUUCACUAUAAGGGUGGUACUGGCUUUGCGUUUGAAGCUGAGCUGCUCGCGGUUAUUAUGGCAAUUCAGAUUGCUCAUAGUCGUGGUUGGUUUGCUCUCUGGGUCGAGUCUGAUUCCACCUAUAUAGUUAAUCUCCUUAACACACGUUCUAAUAUUGUUCCUUGGAGAUUUGUUGCUUCUUGGAAUAAGAUUCUCGUGAUUCUUCAAGACUUCAACAUUCAGAUAUCUCAUAUUUAUCGAGAGGGUAAUGUUCCGGCUGAUAUUAUGGCGAAUGAGAAUAUGACGGAGGGGUGGUGGCCGCAUGAAGUGGAGGAGAUUAAGAAGGCGGUUAGGUUGGAUAUGGCUUGUCAUAGCCACUUGGGGUUUGAGUGGUCGGGCUCUGCUGGGUGCUCGGUGAUGGAGUUCUUUUUCCAUCAGCGUCGAACCUUUCACUUUUUCUCUAGCAGUUUGGUCAUUGAGGUGCUGGAGAGAUGGCGGUUUUUGCCAAGGGUUUGGCGGCAUUCUUUUGUGAUUGCUUCUGCAGGUGAUGUCGAGGAAGACAGCUGGGCCGAGGUGCCUUUCUUGGAUUAUCUGGAGGGAACGGUGAGUGAUAGUUAA